AGGCGGAGCUAUUUAAGAGGCGGCUGCCCAGCCAGCCUGAACUUGGCUCGGCCACAGGGAGCUCCGCUGCGAACGCGAGCCCGAGCCCGAACCCGAACCCGAAGCCUCGGCGCCCAACUCCGAAGCCAUGAACAGCGGCGUGGGCCUGUGCGUGCUGAUGGCGGUGCUGGUGGCCACCGUUGUGGCGCAGCUCGCUCCCCCUGAGGACCCCGGAGUGCUGCGGGCCCAGGAGGCUCCCCAGAGGCCGCUGAGGGCAGUGCAAAGGGUGGACGGCGGCGAGCCGCGAGCGCACCUGGGAGCGCUGCUGGCCAGGUAUAUCCAGCAGGCCAGGAAAGCUCCUUCCGGCCGGAUGUCCCCAGUUAAGAACCUGCAGCACGUGGACCCCAGCCACAGGAUAAGCGACAGGGACUACAUGGGCUGGAUGGAUUUUGGCCGCCGCAGUGCCGAGGAGUAUGAGUACCCCUCCUAGGGGACCCAGGAGUCGUCCACUGGACCAGAAGCACUUCUCGUCUCAGAGAAGGCAGCAUACGAAAUAAUCACCGUCAUAACUCAUUGUCUCUGAAGUUUGACUCCCCCCCCCCCACCAGUAUCUAUUUAUUAAGUUCUCGGUGUGGAAAACCCUGUUUGUAAGAUUGCCCAGUGCAACUGUGAACCUCUGCCAACAUGUGCAGAUGAAAAACACAAUGUCCCCUCCUCUGUGACCCCUGGCCCAAACGUGUUGCAAUGCCAUUAAAAUGAUUUCAUUCUGCUCC